AUCAAUAAUCAGAAAAAUGUGAAGCAGAUAGAGACUAGAGAAUACUUUUACCGAAGGGGGAACACUUUGUGCAAAUUUGUAACCGAUGUCCAAAGCAUCGACUAUAAAAGAAGCACUGAAACGAUGGGAAGAUCGUACGAAAGAAAAUUCCUUAGAGGCAAAGGUAAUUGAGUUGCAAUUCCAAUGGUUGCCAAUAGAAAAAAUGGACAAUACUUUGUCCACGUUGGUAAACUGUGAAAAAUUAAGCCUAUCCACGAACAUGAUCGACAAAAUCUAUGGCAUCUCGGGAAUGAAAAAUUUAAAAAUUCUUUCUCUCGGACGGAAUUACAUAAAACAAAUAUCGGGUCUAGAAGGCGUUGCAGAAACGUUAGAGGAACUUUGGCUCAGCUACAAUUUGAUUGAAAAGCUGAAGGGCAUCCAAGUGUUGAAGAAACUGAAGGUGCUUUAUCUGAGCAACAAUUUGAUAAAGGAUUGGGUUGAGUUCAACAAAUUACAAGAGGUUCCGACGCUGGAAAGUUUGGUGAUGGUUGGAAACCCGAUCGUAGAAGCUGUCGGUGAUGAUGCGGCUUGGAGGACUGAGUGUAUAAAGCGACUCCCGUUUCUGAAAAAGUUGGAUGGAGAAACGGUUGUCACAGACAUGGAAUGAGUUCUCCAAUAAAUUGUUUGGA